UACAACAUGGCGGAAAGUGAGAGGUUGAGCCCCUUUGUAUAUUGGGGUCAGAAAACAGACCAUGUCUCGUUGAAAAUUGAUCUGAAGGAUGUUGUUGAUCCCAAAGUCGAUUUGACUGAAGAUGGCUUAAAGUUUGAAGCUGAUGGGAUUGGUGUCAGGGGCAACAACUUUUAUCAGCUGGAUAUAGAAUUUUACCAUCCUGUGGAUCCAGACAAAAGUAGAUACAGAGUGUUGAAUAGGUGCAUUGAUUUUUACAUCCAAAAGAAGGGGAGUGGGGAAGUGUGGCCACGUCUUACAUACCAAAAACUCAAGUACCCCUGGCUUAAAAUUGAUUUUGACAAAGUUGCCUAUGAAGAUGAGUCAGAGUCAGAGGAGGAAGACAAGGCAAAAAAUAUGUCUGAGGAAGAUAUUUUAAAACAGAUUGAGAAAGAACUGGAUUUAGAUGCCGCUAAAAGCCCUGAUGUACCUGAUCUGAAGACAGCAUACCUGUUUUUCUACAAUCUUUUCCAAUUUGUUGGUUUCACCUUCAUAAGUAGUGUUCUUAUUGUAAAUUUCUGCAGAGAUAAACAAAUGGCAAUGACAUCCAGCUUCAGUCUGGUUGGAAAUCCUCUGAUGGUUUGUCAGACAGCGGCCAUCAUGGAAAUACUUCAUCCUAUGUUAGGGCUGGUCAAAUCAAGUGCAGUAGCCCCUUUAAUGCAGGUCCUAGGGAGAAAUUUUAUACUAUUUGUUAUAAUUCUUCAUGAAGAGAACAUACAAACUGCACCAAUAGUGUUUUUCUUGCUCCUGACGUGGAGUUUGAUAGAGGUUGUUAGAUAUCCAUUUUACAUGUUAGCAGUUCUAAAUCAAAAAGUUUACAUUGUCACCUGGUUGAGGUAUACAAUGUGGAUGCCACUUUAUCCUCUUGGUAUAUUUCUAGAAGGUGCUGUAGUGAUUUUAUCCAUUCCAUUAUAUGAACUAUCAGAGAGGUUCUGUCUGUUUCUACCUAACAGUGUCAACAUGGCAUUUUAUUUCCCAUGGUUUCUGUAUGCAUAUCCACCAGUUCUUCUAUUAGCUGGAUAUUACAUGCUCAAGUACAUGCACAGCCAAAGAAAGAAAGUUUUAGGUGCCACAUCAACUUCAAAAUCCAAAAAGUCAUCAUGAAUCAAUGUCCCCUGAGCAGCAAUCACCCUGUCUCAUUUCUUAAGCUUUAAUUAUUUUUAAUUCUGUUUGGUUCCAUGAAGAUUGGUUAUAAUUAAUUAACAUAAAUAGGAAUAAUAUGAGUAUUUUUAUUCCUCUUUUAAUACUGAUGAAUUUUACAAUAUUUUUAUUACCACACAGUAUGUAAAUCAUGAGCUGUUUCAUUUAC